AUGACCAGCCGUGCCACUUCCUUAUCCUCAUCUGGGCUGCUGCCGCCGUUGCCUGGGACCCCAGCCUCGUCUUGGUCGGCUUAUCAGGCCAGAAUAUCCAGCUUGCUCAAGCAUGCGGAGAUACGGGUCGUCGUCGCCUUUUGGCUGCUUGGACUCAUCAACAACGUGCUGUACGUAAUCAUACUUUCUGCAGCCCAGGACCUCGUUGGAUCUUCUGUACCCAAGGGUGUCGUGCUGCUCGCGGACGUCUUGCCAUCCUUCCUCACCAAGCUAUUCGUGCCGUAUUUCAUCCAUCGCGUUCCCUACCGACUGAGGGUCCUCGUUUUUAUCGCCCUGUCGGCUUUUGGCAUGCUCAUGGUUGCCUUGACGCCCCCGUCAGAGUCGGUUUCCGUCAAGAUGGUUGGUGUUGUUCUCGCCAGUCUCAGCAGCGGCGGCGGCGAACUGAGCUUCCUCGGCCUGUCUCACUAUUACGGCCACAUCAGUUUAGUUGGAUGGGGGUCGGGAACAGGGGCUGCCGGCCUGGUUGGCGCUGGCCUCUUUGUUGUCUUGACGGAUUGGUGCAAAUUCAGCGUCCGCGAUAGCUUGCUCUUGUCGGCGUGCCUGCCUGCCUUGAUGUUUGUGAGCUUCUUCUUCAUCUUGCCCCAAGGCCCGCUGCACGCAUUGCAGCACCACAAGGAUUACGAUUACGCGACUGUUCCCGAUAGCGAUGCCCACGACGACCAGCUGGAGCAUGUGCCGCAGGGAGCAGUCUCGUCCUCGCUGCUGGCACCAGCAUCCUCGCUUGUGCACCCUGCGUGCUCGGCGCAUCCGGGCGACGCACCCUCGCUGAAGAAGAAUCUGCAGCGGGCCAAAUCACUCUUCAUUCCGUACAUGGCUCCUCUGCUGUUGGUAUAUGUUGCAGAGUACACCAUCAACCAAGGCGUUUCCCCAACACUGCUUUUCCCCCUCGAGUCCUCUCCGUUUGACGAAUUCCGUGGCUUUUAUCCCUUUUAUGGCUUUUUGUACCAGCUGGGAGUCUUCAUUUCGAGAUCUUCCACGCCCUUCUUCCGUAUCCAUAACCUGUACGCUCCAUCCCUCCUGCAAGUCGGCAAUCUGGCUCUGCUCAUUCUACAGAGUCUGUACUUUUUCAUCCCAUCGGUUUAUGUCGUCUUCAUCGUCAUAUUCUGGGAAGGGUUGCUCGGCGGUGCAGUAUACGUCAAUUGCUUCGCCGAGAUUAUGGAAAAUAUUCCUGCGAGUGAACGCGAGUUUAGCCUGAGUGCUACCACGGUCAGCGACAGCGGAGGAAUCUGCAUUGCUGCCGUUCUAAGCAUACUCAUAGAGCCGACAUUGUGCGCGUAUCAAGUUGCCCACGGCCGGGAUUGGUGUCGAAGAAUCGAGGCGCAACGUGGUUGA